UGCUUAAGUGUUUAUGUUGUCUUCUGUAGUGUGUCCAGAUAAAGAACCAGGACUUCAGCCAUGGGUGCCAGGUCACAGUGAAGACCACCGUGUUACAAUUGGUUAUGGCCAUAAGGUCCUUCUCAUGACCUCAGCCACCGUCCACUCUAUUGAGAUUCAUAAUGGAGGAAAGCUGGUGAUUGCAGACACAAACCAACCCAUUCUUCUACGAACCAAACAUAUUCUUAUUGGGAACAAAGGGGAGUUGAAAAUUGGAAGCGCAGACUGUCCCUAUAAAGGCAAUCUAACCAUCUCCCUAUUCGGAAGGCUGAAUGACACAGAUGAAGAACACAGCUACUUUGGCAGGAAGUUUAUUGGAGUUGGAACAGGCGGAAUCCUUGAAAUUCAUGGACUAAAGAAGUUGUCAUGGACCUUCCUCAACAAGACCCUCCAUCGUGGAGUGAAGAAACAAAACAACUACCACUUCCAGAGAAGCUGGGGGAACCGAGGCAUCAUUGUGCACAUCAUCCACCCCAACACUGGGGAGGUGUUACAUGUGGACAGGUUUGACACGUACCGCAGUAAGGACGAGAGUUAUCGCCUUGCCAAGUACAUAGAUGGAGUGGAGGCAGGGCUCAUUCUUGCCAUGGUGAUCAAUGAUGAGGGUUCAAACAACUUGGAGAACACAGCCAAGAAGAGCCUGUCCCAGCUAGGCAGUCGCCACAUCAGCAAUGUCGGAUUUCGACACCCUUGGACCUUUAUUGUGAAAAAAGGUGAUGCUUCUUCUUCUGUGGAGGAUCACAGUGUUUAUCAAGGAACUAAGGCCUCAUCAGAGGCUUACAGCUCUGGUGUGUUUCAGUCUACAUCUGGGGAUCAUUUCAUCAUCACCAUCAGCAGUCAGUGGGUUCAAGAUGCAGAAUGGUCUGACUGGUUUGACAGGGAUGAUGAGAGGGGAUCAGGAGACUGGGAGAAACUCUAUGAUCUGUACAAGGCCUAUCCAGACCGACUGUGUAGUAGUCCACUGGAUAUCCAGGCUGAAACCCAUGAUGGCAUACCAUCCAACCAGACAGGAGAUGUGAUCUACAGGAACAACAAGCACUUCGGCUUUGUUUGCCUCAACAAGGAUCAGCCUCAUGGCCUGUGUCACAAUUAUAGGGUCCGCUUCCUUUGUGGAAAACUGGUGCAUCCACAGGCCUCUGUUUCAAUUGACGUAUUAUCAAGCAACAGCAUCCUGGAGCUUACUGAUCAGCCAACAGGAUGGGAGUCUGGUGAUCGGGUGGUUGUGGCUAGCACAGACUACUCAAUGCACCAAGCUGAAGAGUUUACAUUGCUGCCUUGUCCUUCGUGCUCACCCAACCAAGUGAAAGUAAAAGGUAAGGCCCAGUUCACCCACAUAGGUGAAGAGGUAGAUGGGGUGGAUAUGAGGGCAGAGGUUGGUCUGCUGACUCGUAACAUCCUGCUUCGCGGUGAGACUGAGCCGAACUGCUAUGGCCAGGAGGCUUGCAACUUCUUCAAUUUUGACACAUUUGGAGGACACUUGAAGGUGGAGUGGGGGUUCAGUGCUGUUCACAUAUCUGGCAUGGAACUCCAGCACAUGGGACAACAAACAAUGGGUCACUAUCCAGUCCAUUUUCACAUGAAUGGAGAUGUGGAUGAGAGGGGGGGCUACAGUCCCCCAACAUCUGUCAGCAAUCUAUCCAUUCAUCACUCUUUUUCACGCUGUGUAACCAUUCAUGGCACCAAUGGACUACUGGUUAAAGAUGUGGUUGGCUAUGACACACUUGGACACUGUUUCUUUACGGAGGAUGGCCCAGAAGAGAGGAACACAUUUGAUCACUGUCUGGGCUUGAUGGUGAGAGCAGGAACCUUAUUGCCUUCAGACAGAGAUAGCAUCAUGUGCCGCAAUAUCACCGAUGGAGCUUAUCCAGGAUAUGUUGCCAAUCCUCGUCAAGACUGCAGUGCAUCUUCAACUUUCUGGAUAGCAAAUCCCAAUAACAACAUCAUUAAUUGUUCUGCUGCAGGCUCAGAGGAAACAGGUUUCUGGUUUGUAUUCCACCAUGUGCCCACAGGCCCCUCAGAGGGCCUCUACCCCCCAGGACGCACUGAGCACACACCAAUGGGACAUUUUCUGAACAACAGAGCCCACUCCAACUACAGGGCUGGAAUGAUCCUUGAUAAUGGAGUAAAGACCACUCAGGCAAACAACAAGGACAAAAGACCCUUCUUGUCUCUUAUUGGAGCCAGAUAUGGCCCACACCAGGAUGCAAACCCCUUCAAACCUAGAGUUCCAGCUCUUAUUCAUCACUUUAUAGCCUACAAAAACCAGGACCAUGGAGCCUGGUUGAGAGGAGGAGAUGUCUGGUUGGAUGACUGCCAAUUUGCUGAUAAUGGCAUUGGCCUCACACUUGCAAGUGGAGGGACCUUUCCAGAUGAUGAUGGGUCUUGUCAGCAGGUGAAAAACUCUUUGUUUGUUGGUGAAAGUGAUAAUCGUGGAACGCCUCUCCCAGACAACAGUAAUUGGGGCCCAGGAGGUGGGGACCUCACUGGCAGGACUCUGCCACGUGCCAUUGAUUUUCCAAUCAGAGGUAUGCAAAUCUAUGAUGGGCCAAUCAAUGUGCAGAACUGUACAUUCAGGAAAUUCACAGCGUUGGAUGGACGACACACCAGUGCUAUUGGUUUCAGGCUCAACAAUUCCUGGCAGAGUUGCCCAAAUAAUAAUGUUACUGACAUCAGCUUUGAUCGUGUUCCAAUAACAUCUCGAGUGUUUUUUGGAGAGCCAGGUCCCUGGUUCAGUAAAAUGCAUAUGGACGGGGACAAGACAACCAUCUUCCACGACAUUGAUGGCUCAGUCAGUGAAUAUCCUGGAGCCUUCCUGGUUAAAGAGGACAACUGGCUGCUCCGUCAUCCCGACUGCAUUGAUGUGCCUAAUUGGAAGGCUGCUAUCUGUAGUGGGCAGUAUGCUCAGAUCUACAUCCAGACAAGGAACCCUGCUGACUUAAAUAUGCACAUAGUGAGAAACGAGUAUCCUGAGCGGCCCCUGACACUAGAGGGUGCCCUAGGGAAGAAGAAACACUACCAGCAAUUUCAGCCUGUGAUAACACUCGCAAAGGGUUAUACCAUUCACUGGGACCAGGUUGCACCUGCAGAGGUCACCAUCUGGCUCAUCAACUUCAACAAAAAUGACUGGAUCAGUGUAGGUGUCUGCUACCCACAUGGCACCACCUUCACAAUUAUCUCUGAUAUCCAUGACCGCCUUACAAAACAGACCCGUAAGGCCGGCAUCUUUGUGAGGACAGCCCAGAGGGAGAAGAUAAAUUACUCAAAUUUGGCCAGGGGAUACUACUAUUUGGAGGAAGACACAGGGCUGCUCUUCCUGAAGGUAAAGGCUCACAAUGAUAGGGAACAGUUUGCGUUCUGCUCUGUCAAAGGCUGUGAGCGGGUAAAGAUCACAGCCAUUAUCCCAGAGGGAAGUCCACCCAGCAACUGUUUGGCAAAGGCCUACCCCAAACAUGCUGAGCUUCCUGUUGUAGAUGUACCAAUGCCGAGAAAAAAACCCAACAUCUGGCUUCACUCACCAGAGCACUUCCUGGAGGUCAAACUGGAGUCUUACAGUACUCGCUUCUUUCACAUUAAGGAGGACUUUGCAUUUACUGAGGUGUAUGGGAGGAAGUUAUACCAAUCAGAAGAUGGGGUGCAGCUGACAGUAAUUGAUGGGCAUGAUGGGAAAGUUGUGGAAACCAAAGGUUUCAGUACCUCCAUCCUACAGGGAAUCCCUGCACAGUUAGAGAAUUAUGUCAAUCGGCUGAGUGACAGUUCCAUUAUCCUAAUGACAUCUAAGGGCCACCUUCCAAUAAGAGGACCCUGGACCAAAGUCCUGGAGAGACUUGGAGCAAAGAAAAGCAUUAAACAAAGAGAUAAGUUGGCAUUUGUUGGAUUCAAAGGCACGUUCCACCCUGACUGGGUCAAUCUGGAGUUGAGCAGUGACCGAGCCAAGAUCCAUCAGGUCUUACCCAUUCCUGUCACCCACAAGAUGAAGCUACAGGUCACCGGCUGAGUGGAGUCCUACAUGGAGAACUGGUGUCAAGUAAUGAUGUUAUUAUGACAUUCUUGGAUAUUGUUGCACAUACCCUGACAAAAGCAGACUGAUACUCACAUAUACACACACAGUGCUAGGACUGCAGUCAGUUGCUUCAAAUGAUUGGACCAAAUCUGAUCUGGACAUCCAGGAUCCAGCAUAGGCCUAUUAGCCCGCCAUGUUGAACUUAUUACUGUGGCUCAGUAAUAGUGAUAGUAAAAUGCUUCAGAAUAAACCCUGCCCUAAACAUCUUCAACAGCUUUUUAAUGGUAAUUCUCAUUAAAUUGUCAAUUUAAGCUGAUAUUAAAUGAGGUCAGGUGAGUGGGAUGUUAUUAGUUAUAUGAACUAUCAUUAUGAACAUUACCUCAUGGACAUGCAAACAUUAAUCGGUUUUCUGCUUUCAUUAUUAUUACAUUACAAUCAAAAUUCUAACAUUCUAAAUACCCUUUUGAAGACUUUUACCCUUUAAACCAGCAUUAACCUUUCAUAUUUUGGAUGUAAUCUAUCUGCUAGAUGUCAUCUUUAUUGGAAAAUGUAUCCAUCCAUCCAUUAUCAAUACCGCUUAUUCCCUCAUGGGGUCGCGGGGGGAACUGGAGCCUAUCCCAGUGGUCAACGGGCGAGAGUCCGCCAGUCCAUCGCAGGGCCACACAGGACAUACAAGGACAAACAACCACUCACACUCACAUUCACUCCUAAGGGCAAUUUCCCCAAUCUCCAAUCAGC